AUGGCGGUAUCAGUUGUUGGGCUGGAUGUCGGCACUCUAACUUCGUAUAUUGGGGUAGCUAGAGGAGGUGGUAUUGAGGUGAUAACAAAUGAAUACAGUGAAAGAGCAACGCCUACAUGUGUUGCUUUUUCAGGUAACCUAACACUCGUAGGCACAGCGGCGAAAUUACAACAUGUUAUGAAUUACAAAAACACUUUCACAAACUUCACUCAAUUACUUGGCAAGAGUCCUACGGACUUUGCUGUUGCCAAAGAGAAGAAACAUUUGACUCACUCAGUAGAGUGUCGUGAUGGUCGUGUUUCUUUCCCAGUUGUUUUAAAUGGAGUGAGUACUUCGUUUAUUCCUGAGCAAGUUCUCGCUAUCCAACUGAAUAAACUCAAGGAAAUCACAGAAUGCGCAAUUGGUUCAAAAGUCGUGGAUGUCGUUAUAAACGUCCCAACUUAUUACACAGACUCCGAACGGAGAUCCGUACUAGAUGCUUCAAAGAUAGCGGGUCUAAACUGUGUAAAACUAGUUAAUGACUUGACAGCAGUUGGGACCGCAUACGGCUUUUACAGUACUGAUUUACCUCCUGUUGAUCGUCCUCCAAAAGUUGUGGGUUUCGUUAGCGUUGGUUAUAGCACCACACAAGUCAGUAUCUGUGCUUUCAAUACAGGUAAAAUGAAAGUCCUUGCGACAGUGUGUGAUGCUUUUCUUGGUGGGCGAGAUUUUGAUAGAAAGCUUUUCGACAAGUUUGCCUCAGAUUUCCAACAGCAAUACAAAAUUAAGGAACCGUUAUCUGUAAAAGCGACUAUUAGACUGCUUCAAGAGUGCGAGAAGCUUAAGAAAGCAAUGAGUGCCAAUUCUUCAGAAUUGCCAAUAAAUGUCGAGUGUUUGGCAGAAGAACGUGAUCUAGCAAACAAAAUGAAACGGACUGACUUCGAGGAAAUGUGUUCGGAUCUUGUGCAGCGUUUCCAAGAUCUACUAACACGUUGCCUUGAUACUGCCAAGUUGAAAGUAGAAGACAUUCAUUCGGUGGAACUUAUUGGUGGUAGUUCGCGUAUACCUAUGUUAAAGAAUGCUGUUUUGUCUGUAUUCAAGCAAGAAGGAAGAACUAGUUUAAACGCUGAUGAGGCAGUUGCCCGUGGAUGCGCUUUCCAGGCAGCCAUCUGCUCACCGGCCUUCAAGGUAAGAGACUUCAGUGUAGUGGAGCCGUGCCUGUACCCUAUUGUGCUACAAGUUGAUCGUGAAGAAGGUGGUGAUCAAUGCAUGCAAACUGAAGAAAUAGACGGGGCAGUAGCAAUCCAGAGCAAAGAUAUGUGUAUUGAGGUGUUUCCUCAUCUUCACCCUAUCCCUUCUUCACGUCAGAUUGUCCUGUCUCGUCGUGGCAUUCUUACUUUGGAAGCUCGGUAUGCGGAUAAAGAUGCCCUACCGAAUCAAAAUGUAUCAAUUGGAACCUUUAAAAUAGGCAAUCCUUCUGAAACAUUUACAGAACCUCGUAAAAUUAGACUUAAAGUCCGUAUGAAUACUCAUGGUAUCUUUAACAUAUCACAAGCGCAGUUGGUGGAAGAGUAUGAGAAAGAAGUUGAAGUCACUGUUCCUGAGGACGGUCCCAAAGCAGAUGGUUCUGGAAAUGCAAAGACGGAAGUAAACGCUCCUAGCAAUGGAGACGUUGGCAAUCAACAACCAGCUGAAGUUAAUAGUGAAUCAACGCCCAACGCCGUACCAGAUUCAACUGCACCAAAGAAGAAGACUGUAACGAAGAAGAAGUUUACUAAAUAUCAUGACUUAAGUAUUGAUGUUAACAAUAUGCAACUCAGCACAAAACAGCUAAAUGAGUUCUGUGAAGUUGAGGCCAAUCUUAUCCAACAGGAUAAAAUGGAACGUGAAAGAGUUAAUGCUAAAAAUGCUGUUGAAGAAUAUGUAUACGAUAUUCGCUCUAAAAUUCAAGGUCCGUUAAGUCCUUUCUUGACGCCUGCUGAGUCAGAAUCACUUUUACGGAUGUUGGAUGCAACAGAAGAGUGGUUGUAUGGUGAAGGCGAAGAAGUAACCCGUCAGGUUUAUGUGGAGAAACUCAGUGAGUUGAAGAGUAAGAGUGAUCCAGUUGUACAUCGGGCAAACGAACAUCUCAACCGCCCCCUGGUAGUAGAAAAUUUCAAUCGGUCAAUUAUGCAUAUUAAAAAAGUGUUAGACAGCUUAUCAGCUGGUGAACCAACGUACGAUCACUUGACUCCAGAACAAGUCAAGCAGCUGGAGGAAAUGAUAGUUCAUUAUGAGGGUUGGCUGCAUCAGCAGAUGACACAACAGAAUUCUCGACCACAGACUGCGGACCCUGUUGUAAAAGUUUCAGAAAUUAUGUCUCAGCAAAAGGCAUUUGAGUCUACGUGUCAUCCUAUCAUCAAUACACCGAAGCCGGCUCCACCAACCCAAACAGAUGGUCCAGCGCCCCAGAAUUCUGACCAGUCCAACAAUAUGAAUAACAACACCAAGGAGGACAAUAAUCCAAAAACAAGUCAUUCCAACAAGAAUGCAAAAAAUGAAGAGAACAUGGACUUGGAUUAGUGAUACGUGGCUUUACUUCUGUGAAAUCUUAUUCUGUUUAAUUGAAC